UUGCAUUAUCAAAAAUAACACCGUUGGCUGGUGCUACGGUUGUAUCAUCAUCGUCAGUUCCCACAUUCCCAGGUGAAUUGGAGGAGUUGCAGAAUGUUUUGCAUUUUCCAGAAGAGGUUGCACUUCGCAUAACGGAUGCCGAAUAUCAAUUAUUUUACCAAGUACCACCAUUAGAAUACUUCAAACAUGUGAUAUUAGAACUUCAAAAUGAGAACGAUACAUCGCAAAAGUCUAAAAAGCAACCUAGUACAUCGGUAGUACUUGCAACGUCGACGUCGUCGAUGCAAACUUCUGGUUUAUCUUCGUCAGCAGUGGGAACGACUAUUAAAACAAAAUUAAUAUUCGAUUUACAAAAGCGGUUUGAAGAG